AUCAGUAAUACUUGGAAGCGCAGAUGGUGUGGUGACAGGUUGCCGAGAUUGUCCAGUCGCAUUAGCUGGCAACCUGGUAUGACUCGAGAGAGAAACAAAUUUUACUAGAUCGGAGUCGGCUGGAAUCGAGAGUGACAGACGGAUCGGUGUGUCCAGUUUGUGAAACAGAGACAAACCUAUCGAGUAAACAUGGCGCCUUGUGACCCUUCAUAUCAUUUAGUUUGCAGUGUAAACGCAGUAUUUUAGGAUUAUUAGCUCGUACGUGAAUAAAACCGAACGCAAAGUAGACAACCGCGAGACGAUAUACUGUUUGCGUACCUCGUGAAAGAACUCCCAGUGCCAAAUGUGUUUAUUUGGAUGAAAAAAGUGCAUUUUUCUCUCGUUUUACGCUCGCAUUGGUGGUCCACCAUCGAUAAUCCUGUGCCAAUGUUUUUACAUAAUGUAAACAGUACUAUUGGUUAGACUGUCCGCUUUGCCACCUAGACGUGUGCGAAAUUAUUGCUAUCCACAGAUAAGGUCACACGUCGUGAUGGACAAGAGCAUCGAUAACUACCUGCAUAAGAAGUUCAAGAAACAAUUGAGCAUUGAUACGAAUGCGUAUCAGCAAAAUGACAAAGAGAAUAAGAACUCUUUGCGAGGCUUGGAGCAGAGUGAGGAAAAAACGGCAGCCCAUCGAUCCAGUCCAGUCAAAGACAAUAAUAGAUCAACUGUGCCAAAUGAAAGUACAAACAGUCAAAAUCACAAUAGUCGUAUGCCCGUAGCAAGCGCUCCUGAACUGUCUAAGUCUUCCAUAUCAAAUGAAAGUGGGAACUCCAAACCGUGCAUAUCAAAUGAACAUGAAGAGAUUCGUUGUAGAUCGUUUAGUUUUGAUACGCCAUUUAGACUCAGCGAAACGACCAAAAUUAGUAGUAAUUUGCCUUCUAGUGCAACCGACUAUUCGUAUUAUAGUCAAAAUCAGGAUAACAGAAUUACUCCACCUCCGCCUCAGGAAGACGGUCUGUCUAAGGAUGAAUUUAAAAGUGAAGAAAGUGCGACGAUGCCGGAGAAAACACCAAAUGGAAAGUACGUCUGUCCCUAUUGCAACUUGGUAUGCUCCAAACCUAGUGUCUUACAGAAACACAUUAGGGCCCAUACGAAUGAACGACCUUAUCCUUGCACGAGUUGUGGAUUCAGCUUUAAAACGCGGUCGAACUUAUAUAAACAUUGCAGAUCCCGAACGCACGCUAAUCGCGUAAUGGGGGUAAAAGCUCAAGAAAACUCAGGCGAAUUGGAUGGAAAGCAAAACUAUACCGACAAUGCUACACAAACUCAAAACAAUUCCACGAACGAAGAAGCGUAUUCGGAAAGGUGCCAGAAGCCAUACAAGCCCCGAUUCCAUACAGUGCAACCGGUUGAGGAGGAUGAUAAGGCUUUUAGAGGGACCGACUUAUCCCAUCACAUUAACGAGAUUAUCAACAAAAACAACUCAAUAGUAAAUUCUAGCGAUCCAAACCUAUUGAAGAGGCGAUUUGGGGAAGCUUUGAUUGACACUGGUAACAACAAUGAGUAUAUUUCCAGAAGCCCCACAUACAGCAUGGAAUCAAAACCAGAUGAGCCGUUAAAUUUGACUAAUAAAAAUCGGAAGCGAAGCAUGAGCGAAAUAGCUGAACCAGUGAUGCAGAAAAGUUUGAUAAAAGAGCUUUUACAGAAACAUCUCUAUUCCGACAUGCAUUGUCCGUAUUGCAAAAUGAUCUUCCAAACGGUGACCGAGCUGGAGCUGCAUAAGAUGAGGAGCUGCAAAGGCAAACCAUCCGAAGCCAAAUACACGCGGAGUAGUUCCGUGAACGUGGCUUCGAUAUUAACGAAAAACAAAAACGCUUUUGACAACAUUCCACAGUUUCAAAACAGCGUUUUUCCUUUGAAUUCUCCUGGCCCGUUUCUGGGAAAAACUCGUCUAGUUGAAAGUGAUAAGAGCAAGUCUUUUUCCUUCGAUGCCGUAAACUUGCCGGUGUCCGUCACUAAUGAGCCAUCGCCAAAAUUAGUGCUUUCCCCAGUACAUUUGCAAGAGGAGCGAAAGCCUUACAUCAAGUUGUUUGGAGGAGAAGUGAAAAUUCACGAUAGUUCGGGGGAGAUCAAGAGCUAUAUAUUUGACAGUAUAGACUCCAGGCGAUCAUCGAAAGCCAGUUAUUCCGAGUUGGAUGCGAAAGUUAUUGAGAGCAGAGUUGUGAAAUCUUGUCUGCAAUCGGGCGGUACAAUUCUCACAAAUAAGUCGCCAAACGAGAAGCUGAAAUCGUGGGAUAUGAUUCGGGUAUACGAUAAUGCAUCUGCUUCUUCCAAUGUUGAUGGGAUGGGCGUGGGGAAGCUACAAUCUGCUUUUGAUACUGAAAAUGAUGGUUACCAUAGCGAGGUCAACCAAUCAUCUGCACGGUCCUCACUAGCGGUUUCAACAAGUGAACCAAAAAGUUAUCCCAACAUCACGGAUUUCAGCAAGAACGCUCUCAAGCUGCUCACUCCGAAUUUGAAACACCCACAUCUUCACAUUUCCGGAAUUCUUCCUCAGAACAUCGCCCUGACACAUCAUUUGCCUGCAUCUAAACAGAAGCAUGACUUGGAGGAUAACCCUUCUUCGAACAUAUCAGUGGACUCUGAUAAGGAGGCCAGAGGCCCGUGCCAGCCGGUGAAAAGAUCUGGGGUGAUACAGAAAAAUAAUCAGACUUCUGCUAGCAACAUUUAUAACCCAAUGAAUUUACUGGUAAAUGGAAAAGUCGUCCGGUAUGUACCUGGCAUGCCCGGGCCUGUAGCAGCUGAAGAACCCUUGGAAAUUAUGUAUGGUAGCAACAUAGUGGCUGUGAGUAAGUCGCCUAGGGAAGCGCUGUCACCCAUGCAACCUCCGUUUGCAGUUGCAACCAAUCAGCCUUCUCGGUCUAGUCCAAUCAUCGUUCAAAAAGCCAUCACACCCAUCAUUGAAAAAGCACAUCCACAGCGGCAGGAAUAUAUGGAUUCCAAAUCGAUUGUCUCCUCCUCGAAAGUUGCGGAAUCAACAUCACUAUCCACACUAAAAGUUUUCAGCGAACGGCAAAGAUCUCCGGAAAAAGUGCACGAACUAAAGCCACCAUCCAUGGAAAUAUCCAGCGAGCCCAAGAAAUUUAUUCGGCCAAACAGCUUGCCGCUCAAGCCCACAACAGCAUCUUUGAAGCAACAUCACGGUCUCACGCCGACCAUCUUCAACCAAAUCCUCAUCAGUCCAGACACGCCCCGUGUAGCAAAGAAAUACGCUCAUCAGUUGUUCAAUGGAAACUACUUCAGCUAUUUAGGAUUGAAAAGUUCCACUAAACCGGUAUACUGCACCUUGAACAAGACGCAGCCGUUUUAUGUGCCUCAUUUUAAAAAGCUCAGCAUGUAUUCGGAAUGGAGACAACAGGACACGAAGGUGGACAAAAUGUACGUCAGUUCAUAUGACUCAAGGCAGAGGAACCAACGAUUUACUACAGCAGGGAAGACUGACGCCAAUUUGAUCAUCCAUUCUAGUUAUAAGUUUGUCGCAACUGAAGUGUCAUCCAAGAACGACAAAGAUGACGAAAGUCUAAGAACUAGCAUGAUUGGCGGGUAUGAAUGCAAUGAGGAGUCGCCAUAUGUUCGAGGAAGAGGCCGAGGACGUUUCGUAUGUGAUCAAUGCGGGAUCCGAUGCAAGAAACCCUCAAUGCUUAAAAAGCAUAUAAGAACCCAUUCAAAUGAUCGUCCGUAUUCAUGCAGUCACUGCAAUUUCAGAACGUCUUUAUGUAGCUUUAAAACGAAAGGAAAUUUAACCAAACACUUGAAAAGCAAAGCGCACACCAAAAACUAUUCGGCCACAAGCAGCGGAUCUGGAUCGUCCACCAGACUCAGCAUGUCACAGAGUUCAGAAUCAGAUACCGAUGAUAGUGGAAUGGACAGCAGUGAUGAAUCAAUGACCAGGCAACAGGAGCAUGAAGCGGCCUAUGGAUUACUGUCUUUGUCUCAAAAAACAGCAGUUGGGGCUUCCUCGACUGAAAUAAUGAGUCCUUCAGGAAUCAUUCGAACUGCCAGUCCAGCGUCUUCCGCCGACCAAUUUAUGACCACUGAGGAAGUCGCCUAUGUAUCCAAGACAAAUUAUGCGAAAAACAAAAUCCUGGACAAUCUAAAGUACAAUUUGCCUAAUAAGCAAAUUACUGAUAACAUUUCACCGAACGAGGGCGUUACUAAAGAAGACAAAAAACUAGCCAGUUACCUAGGGAAAACAGAUACUGCUAGACCGUUAACUUAUCCAUACACAAGCUGUUUGACUUUGCCGAGCCCCGUAACGGAAGCAAAACCAGCGCCUGCAAAGGAAAGGGCAGAAUUUCCACCAAAAAGCAUAGGGCAAUUUGACGUGAUUCAAAAAUACGCAAAAACUGCUCUGGAAUCAAACAAUGAGAAAGUGGAAAAAAGUAGCAGUUCUAGCUACUUGCCAAGUCCGGUACCUACAUUGAAAGUGAAUGAUGUAGAAAUACAGGAUUUGCUUCAAGAACGGAAACGGAAAAAUACAGUGAUCGAAACUACCUAUAAAGCUAAGAUGCAUAAGAACGACGAGGUGAUGGAUUUAUCAGUUGCUUCCAGUGAGAAAAGGGAGUCGUCUAGUAUUUCCAGACUAAUUGUUGAUCGUCAACUCACCUACGACCAAUCACCUACGGACGAUUACAGUCCGGAUACGAGAAUGCUUUACUACAGUCAGUCUCCAGAUGAAAAGCACCGAACAGUUGAGGAACUGAAUUAUCGAAACGCAGACUCGACGCGGAAAGUGCUUAAUCCACCAUCCGGUUCAGUUGGUUUACUGAAUACAGACACAAGCUACAGUCAAGACGUAGAGAUGCAUAGUAACAGUAGUAGCGACACUACGCGACAUAUGGAGUAUGAUAAUAGCGCGAUGGAAACUCUGGCCGAUGUUGCUACUAAACAGGAAAAGCUAGAUAAAAACAUUCUAGCCAAGAAUGUGGCUUCUCAAUACUUGAAAUUGGCUACCCAAAAUGAGAAUAUGGACUGCAGGAGGGAUUCGAGCAACAGCUUUAUUCCCAACAAGGAUGUUAUGAAUGAUUUAAUCUCCAAUUCGGAGGGGAACAAGAGCUGCACGAUUUGUUCGAAGAGCUUUAUCAAACCGUUUCAGCUAAGACUUCACAUGAAUAUCCACUACUUGGAAAGGCCAUUUCGCUGUGAUACCUGCUCAGUUAGCUUUCGAACUAAAGGGCAUCUACAAAAACACGAAAGAAGUGCUAGUCAUUAUAGUAAGUUGUCUUCUUCCCCCGCGCAGUCCUCAUCAGAACCAAGGCCUUUCAAGUGUUCGGAUUGCAGUAUAGCUUUUCGUAUUCACGGACAUUUAGCCAAGCAUUUGCGAUCCAAAAUGCACAUCAUGAAACUUGAAUGUCUGGCCAAAAUUCCUUUUGGUUUGUAUGCCGAACUUGAACGUUCCAACAGUCUUCUUACCGAAAUCAACACUAGUGACGGGGACCAAUGUUUAGAGAGUUUAAAGACUUUAGCCAAGAAAGUGUUUAUCAAUGACCCUGGUAAAUUGCAGACGGUAAUCAGUGAGGUGGAGGCAGGAUCACACUUAGACCUAAAUAGUUAACUUAAAUAUUUAUAAAUGAUAACUGCUAUUUUUAUGCAUUAAGACUGAACAACAGAACUUAUUCUUUAGAUGAAAUUUAUUCAAUGUAGAGUGAGCGACAAAUCUAUUGCAUGUAAUUAUUUAAAAAUAAGGUGUCUACUUUUCGCAAAAUCGCCCAGACCUGUAUAAAAAAUAUAAAAAACGGCGUUACUAUUUAAAAAAACAGGCAUAACUUUUUUGGGUUACCCUGUAUAAAUAAAAAUUGGAUCAAAAAAUGUGCAAUUAAAAACAAAAAUCGUUGUUUGAUGAGUGAUUUUACGAAAACUAAACACCUGAUUUUUAAAUAAGUAUGCAAUUUUCAUUUGACGCUCUGGUGUGCAUUACAUGAAUUUUAUGUGGUUUAGCAAUGAUCAUUGCUUAUUUUAUAAAAUCUAUUUAUUAGUAUCAGAGUUUCAAACACUACAUAAUCUGAUUUAACUGUUAGUGCCAAUUUUAGUAGUACUAAAUUUAGUGCCAGAUUGUACCUUUCAUUACUGUUAAAAAAACAUAUGUUUUUAGUUAACUUAAAGAAUUUCGAUUUAGUUUAGCUUAAUUUAGUUGUAACGUCAUCGAACUGUAGUAGAAAAGAAAGACCGUUUUACUUUAUCAAUUAUAAAUUCUCUUGUGUCAAACGUUUUAUUGUGAUAAUGUGAUACAUCUUUGAUAUAAAAAAUAAUACCAAGUAUUCACCA